AUGUCUGACGAAGAUGAACAAGAAGUAAAAAAGGAACCUAAAAAGAGGAAACAAGAUAAAGCGAAAUCAGAAAAGCUACCAGAACGACAGAAUGUAGUUCGAUCGCUUCGCUCAGAGAUUGUUUAUCCAUAUUUGAGAGAAUGUCGACAUGUGGAUAGUUAUGAACGAUUGAAUCAUAUUGAAGAAGGCUCUUAUGGUAUCGUUUUUCGAGCUAAAGAUAAAGAAACAGGUGAUAUUGUGGCAUUGAAGAAACUGAAGCUAGAACUAGCAAACGGUGGAUUUCCAGUGACCAGUUUAAGAGAAAUCCACGCUUUGAUGAACAUUAAACAUCCCAAUAUUGUCAAUGUGCGUGAAAUAGUAGUAGGAAAUCACAUGGAUCAAGUGUUUAUUGUCAUGGAUUUUAUUGAGCACGACUUGAAAGGGCUUAUGCAAGAUAUGCGAGCUCCCUUUUUACAGUCUGAGAUUAAGACAUUGAUGAUACAGUUACUGUCAGCUGUGGCACUUAUGCAUGAUAACUGGAUUAUUCAUCGUGAUUUAAAGACGAGUAAUUUAUUAUUGAAUAAUCGUGGUGAGAUCAAGGUUGCUGAUUUUGGACUAGCAAGGAAAUAUGGUAGUCCUAUGGGACAUAUGACUCAGCUUGUUGUCACAUUGUGGUAUCGAGCACCUGAACUGCUACUUGGAGCAAAAGAAUACACAACAGCCAUUGAUAUGUGGUCCGUAGGAUGUAUCUUUGCAGAGUUAUUGAAUAAUGAACCGCUUUUGCCUGGAAGAAGUGAACUUGAUCAGCUAGACAAGAUAUUCAAAUUGUUAGGAAGACCAAGUGAGGAAAUAUGGCCGGGAUACUCAGAGUUACCACAUGCCAAAAACAUAUCACCAGCUUAUCAACCUUAUAGUACUCUUCGAAGUAAAUUUACAAAUCUUACUCAAGCAGGUUUAGAUCUAUUGUCCAAGCUUUUAACAUAUGAUCCAGCCAAACGGAUUACAGCUGAACAGGCGCUUAAGCAUCCUUACUUUAGCGAAAGUCCAGCACCCAAAGACCCUGCCUUAUUCCCUACUUGGCCAUCGAAAGGGUCAGGGCAUAGGUAA